AUGUUGCAUAGUCAACCUCUGUUUUCUGCUCUGAUUUCGGCAUGGAUCCUCUUCACCGGAGAUCCUCCGCCUGAAAUCGGAGCACCACCUCCUCUUUCCGGGUCGUGCUCUCUCUUCUCCGGUGGUGGAUACAUGGGGAUUCACAGAGCUUUUAAAGACGAAGAUCUGGAAUCGCUCAUCUACCUUACCAAAGCCCCGUGUAGCUUCUUCUCCGGUGCUCUUCUCGAGGGAAUACAUGGAGUUUGUGAGGACGAAGCUCUCACCUCCUUCCUGCAACCCACCGGAGCCGACUGUCAUGGAUCUGCUGAAGCCACCGCCAGAAUCGUCAAUCUCACGCCCAUGCUCUCAAAAAUCGAGAUUUUCGACCCGCCGUUCCUCGCUCACCCUCCGCCGCAAGCUUUUCUGCCGCCUUCCUCCACUAUUGCUUCUGUCACCACCGGUCUUGUUCUCGGCAACAGUAUUAUCCUUGACGACAAACCCAAAAUCUUCAAAUUUAUAGAUUCGCCAGCUGGAGUUUCAUCUCCGGCGCAGUGUCAGAAGAUCAAGCUUCUUCCCUGGUCGUCCCCUCCGAGCAAUCCCAUUCUUGUGAUGGAUCCAAGCUCGCAUUUUGCCUUUUGCAGCAAUACAACACCGAGUUUCAACGACAAUUUCUCAACCAUGUUUUGCUUAAAAUGGUAUGUCAUCUCUGGCUCAAGCUUCGUCACUUUCAUGCAUUUGUGGAGCGAUCGACUCAAUUUCAGAUUAUUUAUUGUCAAAUAUACCGGAUCAUCUGCUGGGAAUUCGUCGGAUUUUGCCGACAUGGGUUUCAAAGUAUUGUCAACUUAUAGACAUAUCUCCAACUCUACAUCUGCGGUUGUAGAGUAUUGCCAACUUACCGGCGUAUCUCUCAACUCGCCCCUCUCCUUUAUGGAGAUCAACUUCAAAAGCUCAACAACCUCAACAGCCUUGACAGCAUCACGAGCUCUUUGUCUUGUUCGCACGCUUUUAAUAGCAAAAGAACUUGAGAUUCGUUUCAAAACGAUCUAA